AGUGGCAUGGGCAAGAGAGGGGGAAAAAGAGAGGUGAACGUUUAGGCUUGAUCUUAAAAUGUGAGUAAGACCCAAAAAAAAACACCCAGAGAUAUCUGUAUAUACACAAGAAAAGAAGAGUGUGUAAAUAAAAGAAAAUGUAGAGACAGAUAUGCAGUAGUGCAUGUUGAACGAAGCUGUAUAGUGAAGCAAGUGGAUAUAGAAAUCUAUAGAAAAACAGCCGCUGGUCGUGCAGGAAUUGCAAGAUGUCUGGUUCCAGCAUGCUGCUGCUGGCUGCUCUGGUGCUGCUCCUGCUGCUGCUGGUCUGGAAGAGGAGGGGGUCACGGGGGCUUCCACUGCCUCCAGGGCCCCCUGGUCUACCCCUGCUGGGAAACCUGCUUCAAGUGGACAAGAAUGCACCCUAUACUACUUUCAUGAAGUGGAGUAAGCAGUACGGUGAAGUUAUGACGGUGCACAUUGGACCCCAGCGGUAUGUGAUUCUGACUGGGCACGAGACCGUGAAGGAGGCAUUGGUGGACCAGGCAGAGGAUUUCACUGGAAGGCCUCCAGCGCCGUUCUUCAUCAAAGUCGCCAAUGGUCAUGGCAUUGGCACCAGCAAUGGAGAACGCUGGCAGCAAAUGAGGCGCUUCACACUGAGCACGCUCAAAGACUUUGGCAUGGGCCGCAAGAGGAUGGAGCAGUGGAUCCAGGAGGAGAGCCGGCACCUGCUGGACAGCCUGAGGGACACCAAAUCCAGCCCAUUCAACCCUGCAGUCUUACUGAGUCGCGCCGUGUCCAAUGUGAUCUGUGCCCUGGUGUUUGGGGAGCGUUUCAGCUACGACGAUGCCAACUUCCUGCAACUUUUGCGAACAAUCUCAGAUACCAUUCGCUUCCAGAGCACCCCCUUAGGACAGUUGUACAACAUCGUACCCCGACUUUUGGAUCUCCUGCCUGGGCCCCAUCAAGACCUAUUUAGGCAGCUGGAGGUCCUAAAAGCCUUUAUCUCCGAGAAGAUCCACCAACACAAGGACACACUGGACCCAGGCAACCCCCGAGACUACAUCGACUGUUUUCUCAUCAGGCUCAACCAGGAGAACGACAUGCCUGAGUCUGAAUUCAACUAUGAAAAUUUGAAAGCAUCAGUCCUGGAUCUCUUCAUGGCUGGAACAGAGUCCACUAGCACUACCAUACGAUAUGCCCUCAUGGUGCUUAUAAAACACCCAGAGACUCAAGAGCACAUGCAUGAAGAGAUUAUUGGGGUGCUUGGCCAAAAUGGAGUUCCAAAGAUGGAGGACAGGAAGUCCCUCCCCUUUACGGAUGCUGUCAUUCACGAAGUUCAACGCUACAUGGACCUUGUACCUCUCAAUGUCCCUCACUACGCCACCAAGAACAUCUCAUUCAAAGGCUACAUCAUUCCCAAGGACACAAUAAUCAUUCCCCUGCUGCACUCGGUGCUCCGGGAUGAGAACCAAUGGGAGAGUGCCUGGACCUUCAACCCAGACAACUUCCUGGAUCAAAAUGGCAACUUCAAGAAGAGCACAGCCUUUAUACCGUUUUCUUCAGGUAAGCGGUCGUGUGUGGGUGAGUCUCUGGCACGGAUGGAGCUCCUGCUCUUCCUGGUGUCCAUAGUGCAGAAGUUCCACCUCAGCACCCCCGGAGGACCCUCCAGUCUGGACACCAAUCCAGAGUUCAGCAGCUUUCUCAAAGUCCCUGUUCAGUAUGAGCUCAUUGCCACCCCCCGCUGAUCAACUUUGGUACUACAUGUCAAUCUCGUUACAACAGCCAAUGGAUAUUUUGAUUGUUGACAAUCUGUGUAAUGAUCACAUAUACAGUAUACAACAGAAAGCUACAUUUAUCAAGACAUUUUUGUAGUUGCAGUUUUUCUACCGUGUUAAAGUGUUAAAAGAUUUUGGUAACACUUUAUAAUAAUGUCUGCUUAUAAAGCAUUAAUAACACUUAAUAAAUAAUGAACUAAUGAUGAACAAAAUAUUAACAAAUAUUUGUAAAUGACUAGGAAAUGCUAUGUUAAUAUUUUAUAUGUAUCAAACAUUUACAAGUUGCUUGUAAAUGAAUAAAAUACUCUUGUUAUAAGGUGUGUAAAAUCAUGAAUAAAUCAUUUGUAGAUAUUUUAUAAAGCAUUAAUAAAACUUAGUUAAUAAUAAAAUCAUUCUUUACUAAGGAACAUUAUUAUAAAGUGUUACCAAGAUUUUUGUUCUGUUUUACCUCAUGUCAAACACAAGUGCAUAAACACACACACACACACACACACACAUACAAUUACAUACUUCUGUACAAAUAGCUACUGUGUGAACACUGUGCCUGUAUCAAAUCUACAGACACUGGCACCUGUCGUGCUGUAUCUACUAAGGUCAAUGCGCCUCAAUUUCCAAUUAAGGCACAGCAGCAAUGUGCGUACUGCGACGCAAUGAAAGGUGCAUUGUGUGUCCCUACGUCAUACAGUAAUGUAUGCACAGGUCUCUCAGGCCUGUAAUAUGAUAGGAGAGGGUGAGCAACGGUCAAGUCAAGCGUCAAGAGAGGACCAUUGAGUCAGGGAGUAUCAGCCUGUCUGCCAGAAUAUCAGUGACUCUGAUCGUCAGUGACUUUUUCAAGGAGAUUUCCGGCCAAUUCCAACAUGCAGUUGUAUUAACUCUUGCUUUAACGUACAAAUACCGGAAGAACUAUCGCUUUUUAGUUGUUGCUAUAUUCAUAUAUUGAAUUAUAUUUAGGAUAUUGACUCCAUUGAUCCCCUCCUCAAAGUUAUUGUUGUUGCUUAUCUUAGGGUUCAUCACAAACAAGAAGAAAUUGUGCAUUUCCCUGUAAAACAUUACUUCUGUGUGGUUACAAUAGUACAAGUAGCAGGGUGUUUGUUUCCUGUAACAACAAGUUCAUUUGGAUGCUUGUCCGUACUGUAUAUGAAACUCAGAUUUGAUUGGUUCAGAAACCCGAUGUCAAAAAAGUAACUUUUAUGAAUUUCAGCUUUUAUUUAAAAACAAGCAAAACAAAUGAUGACACAUCAGUCAAAUUCUACUUUUCUUUUAUUACAAAAAGGACAAUGUUUCUCUCUUUUUUUCUCCCCAUGUUCAGUAAAAGUGCAUUUUGCUUUUGUAAAUAAUAAAUGUUUUUGUCUCCUCAUGCAUAUUAAAAACGAUGACGACGGCGGUG